AUGUUGCAUCAUACCGGUGGGCUCGAUUAUCCGCCGCCAUCUCCAAGCCCACUUGCGAGCCCUCUGGAUCAAUCCGAUGUCGUCGAAACCCGCGAGCUGCGCAAGACCCGCGACGAUACGGGUCGAAAAUAUAUUAAUCAAUAUGAGGUUGGAAAGGAAAUCGGACGGGGAAUGCACGGGAAGGUCCGUGUUGGAUAUAAUAUACAAACAGGGGACAUAGUGGCAAUCAAAGUCGUCGAGCGCAACCCACGCAAAGGGCGUAACAUCAGCCAGGCACUCCGCCGAGCACAGGCCGCCCGAGAUGCCGGCGGAGAUGUGCCGCACGUAGUAGCACAGAGGCAAAGAUACGGCUGCUUGGAGUCGGCGGCUUUAGUUGACCGUAUUAUUCACCGGGAUAUCAAACCUGCGAAUCUACUCUUGGACCGGGAUGGCAAUGUUAAGAUUUCCGACUUUGGCACCUCUCAUUUCUCAUAUGCGCUCCACCUCUCCGAGUCACUUGCAAAUGAGUUACCCCCUGGGGCUCUGGUCACCCAAGCUCCCAACUCUGAAUCUGCUCGUAUCUUCCUCGAUGAUUCGGAGCUCGCUAAGACCGCUGGGAGUCCUGCGUUCUUUGCGCCAGAGUUGUGCUACCAACCGGCUCACUCCGGCAGCUUUAGCGGAACCCCUGUUGCCGAUGACCAACCUCGCCCAAAAAUCACUAAAGCGAUCGACAUCUGGGCCCUUGGGGUCACCCUUUAUUGUAUCCUCUUUGGCGUCCCGCCCUUCACAGCCGAGAGCGAAUAUCUUUGUAUCGGAAAAUCCCCUCGGAAGACUUCGAGGUCCCGGAAACAAUGGGGUAGACAUGCUAUUGACGGGAGGGCGAUCUGGCACAGAUUGGGAAGGGACGGAGAAUUGGGAGAAAUCCGAAGAAGGUCGAAGGGUCAUCCCAAUCUUGAGUGGAUUGCUCGAAAAGGAUCCCCAGAAACGAUGGACUCUGGACCGAGCCAAGAAGAUCCUGAAGAUUGGUUGAAUAGAACUUUGCCUUCAGCAAAUGCAUUAGUGGUGGUCACACCCGAAGACGCGGUGGGUGCCAUUACCAUGAAGACCACCUGGCGCCAGAAGGUCGGAAAUCUUGUCGGGCUCUUGCACCCACUACUACCUGGGGGCCGCAGCCGUAGCAAGAGCACAAGUAGCAUGCAAAGGUCUGCUAUUGACCUCACCCGAUCCACGCAUAUAGUCGAAGCCGAACAAUUACCUCGCCGAAGUGGUUCCCCCCCAGUUCGGCCCACAUCGCUCACACCCAGUGCCGGCAACCGGCGAUACUCUCUCAAAAGUCGAUCUCAAACAUCCACUCCACAUCAACGGGCAUUAACUGCCCCUAUCACCCCAACUGAACCUGCAGCUGGACCUUCCGGCAGCGGUACCGACUAUCUCGGCGCACGCGGGAAGUCCAACUCGGCCAGAGAAGGAACUUAUCCACCUCAUGCAGCCCCACAUCGGGCGCUUUCUGUAUCCAGGGGUGUCUCUUCUGCAUCACUGAAUACUACUGAUAGUGGCCAGGGAAUACCUAUUACUGGCUUCAUGUCACGCGCCCGAUCUAGUAUCACAAGGAAGCAAAGUGGGGAUAGCAAGGGUGAAAGCAGUAGCUUUUUAUCCCGAUUCAGACUGUCGCGGCGGAAACGGGACAGCGAGACUGGGGGCAGCGAAAUGGAACGGGCUAUAGCUGGCUCUUCUGCCGGCGCACAUCGACGCGACUUUGCCGAUGAAGCCGAGUCUCAGCAUUCUCGCACGCGGUACGAAGAUGAACACGACCAGUGGACCGGGCGGUCUACGGAUGGAGAUGAUGAGCGCCUGGAUUUCAGCGAAGACGAUAUCAGCGUAGGGCGUAUGGUUGGUGCUGGCGGAUAUGGACAGCGCAAUAUGCCCCAACCACCGGAUCUGGCAUGGUUGCAGGGGUGGAAGAGGAUGAUGACUAUGGGCAAGAGAUUGUUUCUCGAAUGGGCAUGGUCAAUUUACAUUCUACAAAUCCCUACACCAGUUACUGCGGGUGUACUGACAUCGUACUCUUCCAACGAAAGCCUGGGCAUCGGAACACGACCACGCCAAACUAGUCCACUAGCUCAGCGGUCGUUCAGUCCUGAUAAUUUGGAACCGCGGGGUUCGUUCUCGGAGAGCAUUGUCGAAUACGGCGAACCUGACGAUGAGGACGAGGACGAUGAUGACGAUGAGGGUGGGCUCGAGCUUCGCACCGCACGCCAACGGCGUUCGACUUUGCGGAACAAUCCUAACCGCCAGCUCCAACACCCGACGCCGUCCGGCGAUCCAACCACGCCAGUUGCCGAUGAAGAAGGGCGACGGCUCGUUCGCGAAUAG